AUGUUCAGAAAGAUCCAUUCCAUCUUUAACUCCAGCCCGCAGAGGAAGGCGGAGGCCGAGGGGCCCUACUACGGCGGAGCUAGCCCCACCGUGAGGCUGAUCCGAAGCAGCUCCAUGUAUGUGGUGGGGGACCACGGGGAGAAAUUCAGCGAGUCCUUAAAGAAAUACAAAAGCACCAGCAGCAUGGACAACAGCUUGUACUGCCUGCAGCGGGAGGAGGACCGGGCGUGGAUGUACUCGCGCACCCAGGACUGCCUGCAGUACCUGCAGGAGCUGCUGGCCCUGCGCAGGAAGUACAUCAGCGAUCUGAAGCCCCAGCGCGCCCAGGGCCUUUGCUCACCCUCCUCCAAGUCCUCCACGGGUGGGAAGAAGAAGGCCUUUACCCAGUCGGCCCCCAAAGAAUCCAAGCACAAAGCAACCUCGAAGAAAUACUCACAGUUCAGUGCUGACGUGGCUGAGGCCAUCGCUUUCUUCGAUUCCGUCAUCGCAGAGCUGGACACAGAGAGACGGUCCCGGGCAGCUGAGACUGACUCCCCACAUGAAGACGUGGACUUUGAUGUGGCCACCAGCUCUCGGGAGCACAGCUUACAUUCCAACUGGAUCCUGCGGGCACCCCGCAGGCACUCUGAGGACAUGGCUGCCCAUGCUGGGCAUGCCACAGAAGGCAGGUGUCGAAAGAGCACCGAGAGCAAGACCAUCAGCACACAGAGGAGGCUGGAGCGGCACCCCAUCUACUUGCCCAAAGCUGUGGAAGGGGCAUUCAGCACCCUGAAAUUUAAGCCCAAGGCCUGCAAGAAAGACCUGGGGGUCUCCAGAUGGAUCCUCUUCAACCUCUCAGGAGAAGACAUGGAAUGGGAUACAGAGCUGUUUGCCCCAGAGCCCACGGCAUCUCCAGGGCAUGACUACUAUGACACAGAGAACCCCAAAGGCCAGUGGCUGCUUCGAGAAAGACUCUGGGAGCGGACAGUACCCUGA